AUGGGUAUCUCAAAAGACAGGAUCAAAUUCAACGUUGGUGGUCGACUCUUCGAGACGACAUCGACGACUCUAGCAAACGCAGGUCGAGAUUCUUUCUUCGGUGCAUUAUUCGACGACGAAUGGAAUCUCUCGCCACCGGAAAAGGAUAUUUUCGUCGACAGAAACCCAGAUUGUUUCGCCGUUCUUCUCGAUCUCCUCCGUACCGGAGACCUUAACGUCCCUACAAACAUCCCAGAGCGUCUCCUUCACAGAGAAGCUUCUUUCUACGGUUUACUCGACCACGUACGGACCGCCAAAUGGGGUCCAUUCGACGGCAACCGUCUCCGUCUCGGCGAUUCCGUUAAAGGAAUCGCUCCGGGAGACGGAACUGCCAUCAGGGCUGGUCCUGAUGGUGGUUGCUGCGUCGCGCACGGGAGCGUAGUCCACGUGUUAGAUUGGAUGCUGGAAGAGCAUUGUCCGAUCAAUCUCGAUUACCAGAGAGUUAACGAUGUUGGCUGGAUUGAUUCAGACAACAUCGUACUCUCUGCUUGCGAGAGAUUAGGGAGAGGAGACGGAGGCAUGGGAUUGUUCAGCUCAUCUUCCGGUGAUCUCCGGUAUAAGUUUCAGGUCAGUCAUGAGAAUCAGGUGAAGAGUUAUACAGCCGGAGCUUUGAGCUUUUGUCCGGAUUAUAAGAUCUUUGCGAGCUGCAAAGGAAGGAGUAAUGAGUACGGAAUCGGUGUUUGGGAUCAGAUCACCGGAAAACAAACAGAUUUCUUCUACGAGAGCCCUGGUUGGUCACUUGGUGAUGCUGAUAAGCUUCAAUGGCUGAAUGGUAAGAAUUGUCUUCUUGUAGCUACAUUGUUUCCAAGAAAAGACAACUGUUACAUUAGCUUGUUGGAUUUUCGGGACAAGAACAUGGUUUGGUCUUGGUCGGAUAUCGGAUCACCCAUGGCGAUAGAUGAGAAGAGAGUGAGAGAUGCCAUUGCUAUGGAAGAUAGCAAUUCGAUUUGCGUGGUGAAUGAGUUUGAGGAUUUAGGGUUUAUUGAUCUGAGAAUGUAUGGAGGAAGCGUGAGGUGGAGUUCGAGGAGUAGACUGAUGAAAAGCAAGAUGCCGGACGAGCCUUGUUACCCGAAACUAGCGCUGCACGAAGGCCAGCUUUUCUCUUCGAUGAAUGAUUCUAUCUCUGUGUUUUGUGGACCAGACUGGGUUUUAACUUCUAGGCUAAGAAGAAGCUAUGGUGGUUCCAUUUGUGAUUUCUCCAUUGGUGGGGAUCGGCUUUUCGCAUUGCAUAGUGAAGAGAAUGUGUUUGAUGUUUGGGAAACUCCGCCUCCUCCGAUCAUCUGA